AUGAGCAUUAUUCCGACCUCGCAGCAGAACUCACGCACCCGAAAGAAGGAGGAAGAGGCUGAUGCUUUUAUGCGCCUUCCUGACCGCGAGAUCGUAGGCUGUAUUACCGACAUCGGCAUCACAUUUACCGUUGCAGAUCUCCAGAAACCAAAUGCUGCCCACGUUCAGCAAAUAUUCGAAUGGUUCGCCGAGCUUCUUCUCAAUGCGACACGCGAAACUGUCGAGCCGGCCAUGCGUGCCGCCGCCGAGGAUAUCGCCGGAGAGUACGCAGAUGUUAUUCCUUCCGACACUCGCAACCUGAUGGGCUUCUAUGUGUCGCUGCGGAGGUUGUUGUUCGAGUGCGGCAUCACCGAUUUUAGCUUCAACGAUUUAUACAAACCGUCAUACGAUCGUCUUGUCAAGAUCUUCAGCUACCUGAUCAACUUUGUCCGGUUCCGCGAGUCCCAGACAGCUGUUAUCGACCAACACUACAACAAGGCCGAGUCAACAAAGACCCGUAUCGAGACGCUAUAUGCACAAAAUCAGGAGAACGAGGGCCGACUAGAGGACAUGAAGCAUAACCGCAAGGCGAUGGAGGCUCAGGUCCAGCAAAAGACAAUGAGGAACGAAGAGCUCAAGAAGAGACUCCUUGAGCUUCGAAGGAACCAAGAACGAGUAGCUGCGCGACUUGAAGAGGCCAAGCAAAAGAAGGGCGAGCUCACUACUGCACUGGAACAAAAGACACAUGAAAAGGUGACUUUGAAACAAGAAAGCACGAAACUGCGACCUUAUGUGCUCCAGAGCGCCUCUGAUCUUCAGGAGAACUUGGCCGAGUUGCGCGACAUUCUCAACAACGACAAGUCACACAUCGAUGCCCUGGACCGAAGAGCACGGGCUCUUCAGACAUCGACGGAUUCUUUCUCGGUCGUCUCAACAGAUGUUGCGUCAUGUAUCAAAAUUCUUGAUGAGAUUGCUUCAGAAUUGGCGAAAGAGGAAGAGGAAUUGGCACGGAAUGCAAAACAGCGUGAUGCUCUUUCAGAGCGCAGUAACAAUGCGCGCGAAGUCGAGCGCACCGAGACUAUGCUGAAACGCCAACUGUCCAAGUGGAUGGAGCGCACAGAAAAGCUUCGUGAGCAGAGCAAUCACAAGGCACACGAGGCCAAGGAGAAGAUGCAUGAACUCCGGGCGGUUCACAGGCAGCUUACUGAGGAGCACACGGAAAAGGGCAAGGAGAUGGAGGUUCGACGUGUCAGGAUCGAGCAGACUGAGAAAAAGAUGCUUGACUUGAAGGAGAAUAUUGAGAACGAGGUUCACAGCGCACAUGAAGAGUAUCGCAAGAUGGAGGCGCACAUCAAGCUGUACAUUGCUGAGAUGGAACAAGCCAUUGCUUAG